AUGGCUUCUCUUCAACUGUUUGACGAGCAUGAUUGGUCCUGGGCCAAGGGUCAUGUGAGCUCAAUUCAUAUAGGUCAAGUCAGAGUUGUAUCUGCAUCCGGCAUACGAGCUCAAGCUGGCGUGUGCUGGUUUGGAACACUAGGAAAUGCGGAACGCGACGGGAAGAUCCACACUGCUCAACCACCAGCAACCGUUGUUUGUUCAUCGUACAUCAUGGUUAUCAUGGCAUCUUCUCCCCAUGUCCAAGAGCCUUUCAAUCUUGGUGCUAUCCUUUUCUUCUCCGGAAAUGCGAGUGAGUUCCUACUCGCGGAUAUAACUAUAAGUAGGGCAGAAGAUUACUCCGAUAGGGCUGGAAAUGGGCCAUCCGUCUUACUCAGCAACCACACUGGCCUAGCCAGUUUCAGCAAAUCUUCUGACGGCAAGUCUAUCAUCUGGUACAUACGGGUCAGCCCGAUGAGAUUUUUGAAAUUGCCGGAUUUCAUCGCUAGUAGAUGCCGUAACCUCAAAUCUGGGCUGCUCAGAUAA